AUGAAUAUCAACAGCAAUGAUCGAACUGUGUUGAAGAAGAGUAAAUUGCAAGAGAUUACGCAACAAAUUGAUCCAAGACAUUCAUUGGAUCCCGAAGUUGAAGAGAUACUCCUGGAAAUUGCUGAUGACUUUAUUGAAUCGGUAACAACAUUUGCUUGCUCUCUGGCAAAACAUCGGGGCUCUGAUACAUUGGAAGUGAAAGAUUUACAACUCCAUCUCGAAAAGAAUUGGAAUGUCAAAAUACCUGGUUUUACACAAAGUUCCCUACAAAAUGGUGCUUCGUCGGAAGAGGUUAGAGCAUUCAAGCGACCCACACAAACUGAGGCUCACAAACAACGCUUAGUUUGGGUCAAGAAGGCACAAGAUCAAUUGCAGAAACAAAAACAAAAACAAGAAAAGAAGUAA